AUGGAGUCAACCCAGCCCGAGCAGAACAGCGACGAGGAAUGGGCACAGCGAGAAGGUCUGCCGAACAUCCAGAGUCCAUUCAUCCAGAAAUACUUGGAUGGACGAGAUGCACUGGUUGCGCAAGAAAAGCAGCAACGUAGCGAUCAUGCCUUUCGCGAAACACUCUCUGGUAUGGCCAGGGAAGCCUCCGCCAUUGUAUCCGCCAUCCGUUUUGAGGAACAGCAAACACUAUGGGAGCCGAGUCUAGAAGAUGCGCUGGCCAAAGAUGGCAAAGGUGUAAUUUAUCCUGGAAUGAUGUUCUCGCUCGCCAAGUCGCGCAUGGAGCAGAGCAAGCUCUGGCAAAUCGUGAAGAAGAUGCCGAAAGGAGCGCUUCUGCAUUGCCAUUUGGAUGCCAUGGGAGACCUAGACUGGCUCGCAGAGACUGCAUUUACAACGCCAGGAAUCUGUAUUCUUUCCGAACAAGCCCUUUCCACACCGGAGGCACGGAGGGACCUACCCUUCAUCUUCCGCUUCGCACAACCGUCGUCAGCGUCAGAGGGUGACCACAUCUGGCUGGAGACGUACAAGAGCAACGACUUGAUCCCCAUCGCCAAAGCUGCUGAAAAUUUCCCAGAUGGAGGCAAAGAGGGCUUCAUCAAGUGGUUCAAAUCUCGCGUCUCCAUCACCCCAGAGGAAUCAAUCUCUCACCACACUGGCCCCCACGCCAUUUGGAAGAAGUUUAUUUCAUGUUUCCGCAUUCUUGCAAGCUUACACCGCUAUGAGCCAAUCUUCAAGGCUUUCAUCCGGAAUAUGCUCAAACAGCUAAACGAGGACGGUGUGCGCUGGGUUGACAUUCGCACCGACUUCUUAGCGCCAUUCUACCGCGAAGGAACUGAAAAGCCCGACGAAGACCACUUCAACAUGCUCGUAGCACUAGAGGAUGAAAUCGAAAAGUUCAAGGCCUCGGAGGAUGGCAAGGGCUUCUGGGGCGCAAGGCUGAUUUGGACAACCAUCCGGCAUGGUAGUCCCCGUGAGAUCAUCGCAGACAUGAAGAACUGCAUUGCAAUGAAGGUUGAAUUUCCUGACCUUCUGGGUGGUUAUGACUUGGUGGGCCAGGAAGAUCUAGGACGCCCGUUGGCCGACCUUGUACCCGAACUAUUCUGGUUUAAGAAGGCAUGUGCUCAAGAGGGUGUUGACAUCCCAUUCUUCUUCCACGCCGGCGAGACUCUGGGUGAUGGUGAUGCUGUGGAUGAAAACGUGUUUGAUGCAAUCUUGCUUGGAACCCGACGCAUGGGCCACGGAUUCUCACUUAUCAAGCACCCUCUACUAUGCGAUAUGGUCAAGGAGAAGAAGAUCCUCAUCGAAAGCUGUCCCGUCAGUAAUGAAGUCCUUCGCUUUGCGAGUAGCAUCAUGGCCAAUCCUCUCCCUUCUCUGCUUGCCCGAGGCGUGCCAUGCUCGCUUUCAAAUGACGACCCGGCCAUCCUCGGCCAAGGUUCCAAUGGCAUGACACAUGAUUUCUGGCAGGCUCUACAAGGUUGGGAAAAUCUUGGAUUGGAAGGACUUGGAAGCCUGGCUGAAAACAGUGUUCGAUGGGCCAAUUUUGAAGAAUGCACAGCCAAGGAAUGGAACCAAUCUAUCAAAGACGGGGCAUUUGGGAAGGGUGUGCGAGCGUUGAGGAUGAAAGAGUGGUCGCAAGAAUUCGAAGAGUUCUGCGCCUGGGUCGUCUUGACAUAUGGGCCCGAGCACGACAUCAAUACACUGGAUUGA